UUUAAAUUGAUGAUGUUGAUGUCGACCUCGUCGUGAAUUUAAAAAGUUCUCUCUAUCGAUCUUAAAGAACCAAGUCGAACCUCUGGUUUACCAGGCUGAAUCUUGGAAGAUUUGGAGCUAUGUAUAGUGAAGGUGUCCCUGAGUUUGUUAUUGAUCAGAGCAUGUAUUACCCUACUGGCACCAAUUAUGGGUAUUUUUGUACAGGAUUUGAUUCAGCCGUUAAUUGGGAUGACCACCAAAGAGUUUUUGGUCUGGAUGGUCAAGAUGCUUAUUCGGGUUCACAAAGUGAGAGCUUUCCGUAUGUAUAUUAUACUCCUAGCUAUGGGUAUGCACAAACACCAUAUAGCCCUUAUACUCCGGGUGCUGUUGUGGGAGUUGACAGUUCAUAUAUGGGGACACAGCAGUACUACACCCUUCCUUCAUAUGAGAACCCGGAGUUCACCCAAUCAUAUUUCCCAAUGAUAAUGCAAAACGAAUCUGAUAUUGUGGCUAGCAGUAAAACUCCGUUCCUCGAUAACACAUUUUCUUCCGCUAAUAUAGUGCAACAAAGCCGUGGUCUCAAUCAUAAGUUCUCUUCAGCAUCUCCAAUCUUCAUCCCAGCUUCAUUAGGCUCUUCUUCUAGCCAAACAAAUUCCUUCUUGAGGGGCGCAGAUGGUAAUAAAUCUCUUCCUGGGUCCAGCAAACAGCCAGUUUCCCAUGGAUGUGUUCCUUCUGAGUCUUUCUCCAAUCAAUCGUCAAAGGUUAAAGUUACUCAAGCACUGGGAAGUGUUUCCCAUGGGAAAUCUAAUCAUUCUCAGAUAAGGAUCUCCCUUCCGCCUGAUAAUGGGGUGUCGACUUUCCGAUCAACAUCUCAUGAUGUGGCCAACGUAGAUAAGUUUCAGCCCAAGAUUUUGCAAGGAAGAGUAUCAACCGAUGUAAAAGUCAGUCCUGCUGCAUCAUCUGGACAGAGUUUAGCUCCUCGGAUCAACAGGUUAAAUAGCCCAUUGGUCAUUAAGGCGUACAGUACAAGAGCCGGAGACAUUGAUGCUCGAGGAAACAUCACUAUCUUAAGAGAACGGUAUAAUUUUGAAGGAUUUCAAAUGGACUAUGGGAAUGCAAAGUUCUUUGUUAUUAAAUCUUACAGUGAAGAUGACGUGCACAAGAGCAUUAAGUACAACGUUUGGUCAUCUACGCCUAAUGGCAACAGGAAGCUUAAUAGUGCUUAUGAAGAUGCUCAGAGGAUUGCUGCUGGGAAUUCAACAGGCUGUCCAGUUUUCAUGUUCUUCUCUGUAAAUGCAAGCGGUCAAUUCUGUGGUGUUGCUGAGAUGAUAGGGCAUGUUGAUUUCCAUAAAGACAUGGACUUCUGGCAGCAAGAUAAGUGGAGCGGCAGUUUCCCUGUGAAGUGGCAUUUUGUUAAGGAUGUUUCAAAUUCCAACUUUAGACACAUCACUUUGGAAAACAAUGAAAAUAAGCCCGUGACUAAUAGUAGAGACACACAAGAGAUAUACUUCAAGAAAGGGAUGGAGAUGCUUAAAAUCUUUAAGAACUUCACAUCGAGAACCUCCUUAUUCGAUGACUUUAUGUUCUAUGAAAGCAGAGAAAAAAUAAUGCAAGAAGACAGAACCAAGCUUCUAAUGAGGAGCUAUGAAAAUCCAUACCUUGUACCCGUAUUAGAUCCUCCACGCAAGUUCAAUUCAAUGUUCGACUCCUCGCUUCCCUCUAAUGCCACUGACAAAGCCGUCCCUAAAAAAAUUAUUGCCCAGGAGAGUGAGAAACCGGCAUCUACAGUGUGUGAGUCUGUAGUUUCCAAAACCAACCAAACCGGUUCAACUGAAAAGAGCGAGGUAAAUGAAAAGCCAACAAAGAAUGGUGAUACCAGCAAGUCUGGGAGUAGUGGAGUUCCUAUAACCAGGAAAAUUGUCAAGGCAGAUGGGGAAUUAUCAGAGAAUAGUGAUCCUAAGAAGGCCGAAGAGGAAAUUCCUGUUGUAGUAGUGCCUAAUUGCAAUAAAGAAGUUGCAAAUGGAAGUGAUAAAAAUGUGGAAGUUAGCAUUGAUAGUAGUGUUUUGAAGAUAGGCUCCCUUACAAUACAUGCCAAGCAGCCUUCAAGCAAACCUAAGUCGCGUGAGAUGGCAUCUGGUACAACUAAUACUGAUUCUUCUGUAAACAACCAAGUGAUUGAUGUGGUCACUGUGGGGUCCAUGCCUGUCAAAGUCAAUGCGCAUGUUGAACCUUCAGGGUUGAUAACUGUUGGAUCUAUUCAACUUGAUCCCAGAUCUUUUCAGGGUAGUGAGAAUAGUGGUUCUGGGAAAAGUGCACCUCAAAAAGCUUGAUGCAUUCUACAGUCUGCUGUACACUUGCAUGCCUAGCAGUACAUCCAAAUAUACCGUUGUCCUUGUGGGCCUCGGAGAUCGUAAAAGCUUAUUUUGUUUGGGUUUCUCCUGGAACAACGGAUGGAUGCAUAUAUAUUUUUUGGUUUUGGUGGUGGGUUCUAUCAUGGUUUUUUUGGCAGCCGUGGCUUGCAAAAGUUUGUGUUUAUCCUUCGCCUUUCAUUUUAGUCCCGAUAAAAAGAUAGUACAUCUGAGAAGUUAAUAUGGAGUAUUUGGGGUGGGAGGGGUUGGGGAGUUUUUAGAUUAGAUUUUGGCCUCCUUAUAAAUCAUUUAUUGGUCUUUUGUUAGCCUGACAUUGAUUGACAAAAAAGAAGCAAACAUUGGUUUUUUAUUGGCACAAAAUAUCUGAUUUUAUUGACUUUUUUUGUACCGAGUAAUGUAUUGUAUUGGAGUUCUGGUAUGGUUUGAGACAACGCUGUUUAGACUGUUAAUACACUUUCUUAUUUGUUAACUUUUGCAUAAAUUUG